AUGUGGGGCAUGGGCCAUGAUACCCCUUACUUGGUAAACCGAACAAAUGGAGGACAACAACAACAACGACCAACAGUAUUACGACAACAAUUACCACAGCUAGCACAAAAACCACCACCAUUAUCAGGAUCAAAACCACAAGCAUUACAACAGAAAAUAUCGCAAGGAAGACAACAAGCACGAAAAACACGGCAAAUAGCAUCAAGACAACCACCAUCAGAAUCAGUCAUUGUGUUUGUAAUCAGAGAGAGAGCAGCAGAAAUAAAAGACGGGGUACUGCGCCUAUGGUAG